AGACAGAGGAGAUUGGUGAUGAAGAAGUCUUCUCGUGGCUGAAGUGUGCAAAGGGUCAGUCUCAUGAACCAGAGAAUCUUAUGCCGACACAGAUCAUUCCUGGUACAGCCCUUUACAAUAUUGGAGACAUGGUUCAUGCAGCACGAGGCAAAUGGGGUAUUAAAGCCAAUUGUCCGUGUAUUAACCGGCAGAACAAAUCGGUGCUGAGACCAGCUGUCACUAAUGGCAUAUCACAGCUUCCAACUGUAAAUCCUAGUGCAUCAGUCUCUGGAAACGAGAGCGCCUUUUCCACUGGAGCAGGGACAGCAGGAGUGGGGCAACUAGAAAUGGACAAUGUUCCAAAAUCUGAAGCAACUGAUAGUAGGAUAGAAGAAUCUGCAAAACCAGAGACGUUACCAACCAGUAACACUGGUGAAAUAAAGACUAACAGACCACUUUGUCCAGAAACAGCUCCAUCGUCAGCCUUACACUGGCUUGCAGAUUUAGCAACGCAAAAAGCAAAAGAAGAAACAAAAGAAUCAGGAUCACUGAGGUCAGUGCUUAAUAAAGAAUCCCUUUCACCCUUUGGAUUGGAUUCCUUCAACUCCAGUACAAAGGUUUCCCCACUAACCCCAAAGCUGUUUAAUAGCCUCUUGUUGGGCCCAGUGACAUCUAGCAACAAAGCUGAAGGCUCCAGCCUCAGAGAUCUGCUGCACACAGGGCCGGGAAAGCUUCCUCAGGUCCCAUUAGACACGGGAGUCCCCUUUCCUCCGGUCUUUUCUGCAGCUUCUACGGGGGCCAAAGGUAAAGCCAGCCUGCCCAACUUCUUAGACCAUAUCAUUGCUUCUGUGGUGGAAAAUAAGAAGACAUCUGAUGCUGCAAAACGAGCUAGUAGUUUAGCUGACACACAGAGAGAGGUGAAGGAAAUGGUAAUGGGCUUAAAUGUGCUGGAUCCACACACUUCCCAUUCUUGGCUGUGUGAUGGUAGACUGCUUUGUCUUCAUGAUCCUAGCAACAAAAACAACUGGAAGAUCUUCAGGGAGUGCUGGAAACAAGGCCAGGUGGGACAGAGUUCAUGCACCCUCAGCAAGUUUACAGACAAUGCAAAACUAGGAGGCAUGGCUGAUACACCAGGUGGUUGUGCUGCUAUUCAGAGGGACCUGGACAGGUUGGAGAACUGGACUGAGAGGAAUCUCAUGGUGUUCAUCAAGGGAAAGCGUAAAGUCCUGCACCUCAGGAGGAACAACACCCUGCAGCAAUACAUGCUGGGGGGCGGCCAGCUGGAAAGAAGCUUUCCCUGGGGGGACCUGGGGGUCCCAGUGGACAAGGAGGUGACCGUGAGCCAAGAAUGCAUCCUUGCAACAAAGAAGGGCAGCAGCAUCCUGGGCUCCAUUAGGCAAAGCGUUGUCAGCAGGUCGAGGGAAGCGAUCCUUUCCCUCUACUCAGCACUG